AUGGAAGGAGGGUCUAGUUUUUCAGUUGCUGCACCACCAGUCUUCGAUGGAGACAAUUACCAGAUGUGGGCAGUUCGCAUGGAGACUUACCUGGAGGCUUUGGAUCUUUGGGAACCUGUAGAAGAGGAUUACGAGGUCCCGCCACUUCCAGCAAAUCCUACUGUGGCACAGAUUAAAGCACAAAAGGAAAAGAAGACAAGGAAAUCAAAGGUAAAAGCUUGCUUAUUUGCAGUUGUGUCUCAAAUGAUUUUCACACGAAUAAUGUCUCUGAAAUCAGCAAAGGAAAUCUGGGAUUACCUCAAGGCUGAGUAUGAAGGAGAUGAGAGGAUUCGUGGAAUGAAAGUCCUGAAUCUAAUCAGGGAUUUCGAGUUGCAGAUGAUGAAGGAGUCUGAGUCAAUGAAAGAAUAUUCUGACAGACUUCUCAACAUUGCCAACAAGGUGAGAUUGCUUGGUUCUGAGUUGAACGACUCUAGAAUCGUAGAAAAGCUGCUGGUCACUGUUCCAGAGAAGUUUGAAGCCAACAUUACUACUCUGGAGAACACCAAGGACCUGUCAAAGAUCUCUCUUGCAGAGCUCUUAAAUGCUUUACAGGCACAAGAGCAAAGAAGAUCCAUGAGGUAA